UAAGGGGCCGGGGCUGAAUCUCCCCUGACUUCCCUGCCUGGGCACACACGGGACUCGCUACUCCCAACUCGAGUCGGACCUUGGGAAACCGCAGCGGAAAGCGAUGUACGGCGGUAUUUGCAUCUGUGUGUUCCUGGCUGUGCUCUCGGUGAGCUGUUUCGGACAGCAAGCCGUGGGCUCGCACAACGGGAAUCCACUGGCUGCUGAGCUUGAGCAGAGCUUGACAGAACAUCACCGGCACAUCCGCGCCCCUUCGUCCACCGGGCCGCUGAAAUCCAUGGCACGGCUGGAUGGAAGCAUCGACCAAAGAGCCAACAUCGGCGCCUUGCUGGCCAAGUAUCUCCAGCAAGCCAGAAAAGGCUCCACUGGAAGACUCUCAGUUAUGGGAAACAGGGUACAGAGCAUUGAUCCUACUCACAGGAUAAAUGACAGAGACUACAUGGGCUGGAUGGAUUUUGGACGCCGCAGUGCUGAAGAAUACGAGUACUCUUCCUGAAGAACAGCAAACUAUAGUAACAGAAAAUCACACUCCCAUGUCUGUACAGAAAGAGAGAAAUCAAUUUGUUGUCCUCUUCAAAUCAGUGUUUUAAAAUAUUUAAAAUCAUGUAUCUGAUGUAAAUUUUUCUGUAAGACUAUUCAAUGCAAUAUAUACAUAUGCAGAAUUUUCCAGAAAAUGUUUCCUUUCUUUUGUGGUUUCUCAUACAUUGAUACUAUAUUAAAAUGAUUUCACUUAUCCCUUCUUGUCCUG